UGGGUGAGGGCGGACGAAGCAGCCUGUGAUCUAGGCUGCAGCAACCACUGCUGCUCGGCACGCGGCCGCGCUCUGACCCUUCCUUUUUGGGCAGGCUCGCAGGCGCAAGCACGGUCGGCGUCCCACGGCCUCGAACUCCAGGGCCUUCCCUGGGCAGGCCGCGGAUCGCCCAUCCCUGCCCCGAGUGUGUAUCUGCCGGGACCCAGCCGCCGCCUCGCGCGGGCGGCACAGGAGCGGCGGCGCCGAAGCCGCGCCCCAGGCUCGGAAGAACAACCCUGAGAGGCCGCCUCGUCCUCUGCAGCCGAGCGGCGGAUGUUCUUUUAAGGAGUUAUUGAAGACGAAGUUUUUUUGUUUUUGUUUUUUGUUUGUUUUUUAAUGGCUUUACAGAAUUUUAAAUCGAAUACAGUUUGACAUGACGGCAAAAAAUCACAAUUGAAGCUCAAGGAUUAACAGCCAUACUGAAACUACAUGGAUUGUGGGAUGGGUCAUUUUGCAAAAAGUUGGUUUGCCUUCCACAAAUGCAGAACUAAGAGGAUUUAUAGAUCAGAAUCUCAGUCCAACAAAAGAUGCAUUAAGGUCUCCUGCUUUGUGACUGCUUUGGAGCCAGCAAAUACCCUGACAUGCACAGUUCGAAUUAUGCAGAUUUCCAGCAAUAUUAAGUUGAUAAACAGCCAGGAGCACGCUGAAUUCAAGACGUCCUUGCUUGUUGCAGACAGGAAAACUACAGGGUGGACACUUCUUGUCUCAGAAAUAUUUCUUUCAGGUAACAUUUCAUUUGUUGCGUUUCCAGUUUCCAGCACCAACUCACCAACAAAGAUUUUACCAAAAACCUUAGGACCAAUAAAUGUGAAUGUUGGACCCCAAAUGAUUAUAAGCACACCACAGAGACUAACCAGUUCAGGAAGUGUUCUGAUUGGGAGUCCAUAUACCCCUGCACCAGCAAUGGUUACUCAGACACACAUAGCAGAAGCUACUGGCUGGGUCCCAGGUGAUAGAAAACGAGCUAGAGAAUUUAUAGAUUCUGAUUUUUCAGAAAGUAAACGAAGCAAAAAAGGAGAUAAAAAUGGAAAAGGCUUGAGACAUUUUUCCAUGAAAGUGUGUGAGAAAGUUCAGCGGAAAGGUACAACAUCAUAUAAUGAAGUGGCUGAUGAGCUGGUAUCAGAGUUCACCAAUUCAAAUAACCAUUUGGCAGCUGAUUCGGCCUAUGACCAGAAGAAUAUUAGGAGAAGAGUUUAUGAUGCUUUAAAUGUGCUAAUGGCAAUGAACAUAAUUUCAAAGGAAAAGAAAGAAAUCAAGUGGAUUGGUCUGCCUACCAAUUCUGCUCAGGAAUGUCAAAAUCUUGAGAUCGAGAAGCAGAGGCGGAUAGAACGGAUAAAGCAGAAGCGGGCCCAGCUGCAAGAACUUCUGCUGCAGCAAAUCGCUUUCAAAAACCUGGUUCAGAGAAAUCGGCAAAAUGAACAGCAGAACCAGGGCCCUCCAGCUCUGAACUCCACCAUUCAGCUGCCAUUUAUAAUCAUCAAUACAAGCAGGAAAACAGUCAUAGAUUGCAGCAUCUCCAGUGACAAGUUUGAAUAUCUUUUUAAUUUUGACAACACCUUUGAGAUCCAUGAUGACAUAGAAGUACUGAAGCGGAUGGGAAUGUCCUUUGGCCUGGAGUCAGGCAAAUGCUCUCUAGAGGAUCUGAAACUUGCUAAAUCACUGGUGCCGAAGGCGUUAGAAGGUUAUAUCACAGAUAUCUCCACAGGACCUUCUUGGUUAAAUCAGGGACUACUUUUGAACUCUACCCAAUCAGUUUCAAAUUUAGACCUGACCACUGGUGCCACCUUGUCCCAAUCAAGCGUAAACCAAGGGUUGUGCUUGGAUGCUGAAGUGGCCUUAGCAACCGGGCAGUUCCUUGCCCCAAACAGUCACCAGUCCAGCAGUGCGGCCUCUCACUGCUCUGAGUCCCGAGGCGAGACCCCCUGUUCCUUCAAUGACGAAGACGAGGAAGAUGACGAGGAGGAUUCCUCCUCCCCAGAAUAAAGCCAGGAGAAAACCCACGUUUUACUAGUUGAUGCUCAUGUGUGUUUUUAGUGUGAGCUCUUGUUUUUGAAAUGAUUGCUUCAGUCUUUGCCUUUGUUUGCACUGUGUGUUCAGUGAAAACUAGGGAAACACAAUAAGCAAAUUCUGUGAAGGCUGAGAGGAUUGAGAUGAAAAAAGCUAACAUAGCGUGAACGAGAACUUUAAGCAACAGAGCAAUAGAUCACACCGCAGACAAAGCGGUUUUCUGAGGUGAUAGAGGGGACAGUCCCUAAGGAAUUGGCAGCAUGAAUGAAGCUCGUUUAUCUUCCACGAGGUGGGGUCUUUGUGUUCCCCCCACACCCACGUAACCCUCCUUAGAAUCAGGAUUGCUGUAAUGAACAGUCCUUGACAUCAUGUUUGUCGUGUUUCUCUUCCUUGCCUGGGCUGCCUUUUACAAGCAGAAAUGAACGUGAGAAGAUCCCAGUGUGGGUGAGCGGGACAGCGCAGGGCGGAGGUGGCAGUCCUCGUGGUGUGAGGAGCACAGGUUGAACCGCUGAGCCAGCUGAAAGUCUGGUUGAUGUGCUUUACGCAUCAGCUGCCUUAGACGGCUUCUAGAAAGGAGCAAGCGCUGAUUCUUAAGUACUUAAGUGACAUGUAGAAUAAUUUAUAGUAAAACGGAAAUGAUCAUUAUUAGCCAAUGCAUUGGUGCAUAGAAUUUUUUAGGGCUACUUCUGGAAGCCAAAAUAGAAUAGCAUUUCCACGUGCAUUAAAUACUUUGCCAGCACUGCCUUUGCCAGCAUUCUAAAUCUGGAGUUUUACAGAGAAGGAAAUUGUACCUAUAGUUUUAAUCAAAGCUGUGCAUUUCAUAUAGCUUUUUCAUUUAAAACAAAACAGACGGAUUCCUGUGACCGAAUUGCUUGCUUCUAGUUCCCUGCAGUACUUGUAUGAUUCCACUCGAUGUGCAGUUUGUGAACAUGAACCAAACGUCAUUACUUGUCUUUAAAGUCUGUUUCAAGAAUAUGAACAGCAACGUUCUCCUGUACAUGUCACCGUUUGUACAUUUUCAUUCAUCAAAAUUACCUUAUCGGGUUUAUUCCUGGGUAAAUUGCAUUUCACAUUAACCCGAUAAUUCACCGUUUCACAGGGACACCGACAAAUGUUGAUCACUCCAAACGAUUGGAUUUAUAGCAGUGCGGUAUACAGUUUGUUAUUUCAUAGCCAAAGAUGCCGCUGGGCAUACUGCACUGGUGUGUUCACAGUUCCUGCCCCUCUGAAUAUUCAGGGGAGUGAAUAUUCCGCCAGCAUGGCCUAACCUCGAUUUAAUUUCACACUAAGGCCUUGAGAAGAGCAAAUAAUAAUGGAAAAUAACUUCGACUCAACUCAUUUGGAUAUGCCUCUGGAUUAUGCAUCUAACACCUUUGGGCCCAGCACCAAGCCCAUCCCAAAUCAGUUCUUUUCUAAAUCCAUGGGGGAAGUACAGAUGCCUUCUUAAAGUUCUGCCACUCUGCUUAGAGUGAGCCAGCGGUGAAAGAUUUGGCUGACCUAAAAUUUUGUUACUAAGGCCAUGAAAAUUAAUACACAAGGACCUGCAGCUUUAACUGAAGUUCUUUGAGACAGCACUCAUUCUGUCAGAAAUAAGCCAUAGUGCAAACUCAAGAGGGGUCAAGGGCGCAGAGAGAUUGAGGCAGCUUUUAGAGAAUUGUGUCUCAGUCUGAGUUCUGGGGCAUCUCAGUCUGGGUGGAUGGGAGGGGUCCGAAAUACUGCAGAGGCUGCAGCAGGUCCCCGAGGGCCUCCAAGAUACUUCUGACUUGAAGACCAUCAGCUACACGGGCGGGUAAAGCCAAGUUUCCUUCCAAACUGCCGCCUCCUUUACUGACCCUUUAGUACCCGCAUCCCUAUACUUGAGGGAGCCCUGAGCAAAGGGCCACAGCCAGCUCUUCAGUCUUCAAAAUAUGGUGUACAGGUCCCAAGGCCUGUACAUCAGUGUUUGUGAUAGGUACACUAAUCAUUCCUCCACCAAAUAGCAAAGUCCUUGCUGGAGUUCUUGGGGUACCACCCCCUUCUCUAUUCUCUUUCUCUGUCUCUGCUGCAGUAGUGUUUUAAACUGAUAAAAUACAGGUUUGUUUGUUUUUUUUAAGCAACCAAAGACUCUUAACAUUAUUAGUGUCCCAUCGCUGGCCAUAAGUGUGUGCUCUUUGGUGGGAGGUGAUCUCCGUCCCUCGAUAAUGUGUUUCGGUUACCACGGAGGACAUCUGUUGGCACCGCACCGUGGUCUCCAGUACAUGUUGGCGUAAAGCCUUGCCUGAGCAGAAAAGUAGGUUGACAUGUUUAGAAAGAUAACUUCUGUUAUUCUUCUGUGUCUCCCACAAACAGAUUUUUGAAAAAGUCAGCACUUAAUCACAAUUCCAUUUAGAAAGCAAAGUAACAAAAUGUUAGGAAAUGAUUGUUACCAUAUCCAGGAUUCUCUAUAGGAGUAGCACUUGGGGGUUGCACGCGCACACACACACACACACACACACGCACUCACACACCCCUCCCGAAGGUGCUGGUCAUACUCUACUCUUUGGGGAGUUUAAGAGGCCUUUUCCUCCUCAAGGGUCAGUUCAGCUAUUAACCCUUUCAAGUGCAUAGUAGCAUUCAGUCAGUAAAUUCCUGUUUCCUUCAGCACUUGUACAGGGGUCACCAGACCUGCCACAUCUGACCCUUGUGUGGGAAGGCCACGCUGCCAGAGUCCACGGCAGUGCUGAAGGCACCCGGGUACCUGCCCAAGCCUCCCUUCACCCUACCCACUAAGAAUUUGUCUCAUCCACUUAAUCUUUGCAUGUGAUGAAAACAGCUUUAGUAAGUGCUGAUGUGAAUUGUGCCUUAUGAUCAGAGCGGGUGUCAGGGAGGGGGCAGGAAUGGAGGUGCUAACACAGUGAUUCCUCACCUCAGUGAUGUGCACUGUCCCUGGAAGACUUCACAGAUCAUGUCCACAGUUUUUGUUUCCUUCAGUUUAAUUCUUUAUAGAUGUACGACAUGUCUGCUAUCUUACCAGGAUGAAAGAGGAUAACUCCGCUCAUUCGCAAAAUUUAACAGUUGUAAUCAUAACCCUGCCAUACUUGAAAAAUAAAGCCACGGUCAGUCCUCAAAUGCAAACGAGCUCCUAUCAGAAAAUUAAAAUGGAGGUAUUUCACAAAGACGUGGCCCACUUUAGCCAUCUAUCACUCGGCUGUUUGCUAAGCCACGACUUUUUUACUUUUUUAUUUAUGUUUUAAUGUUUAUUUAUUUUGGGAAGACAGAGACAGAGUGCAAGCAGGGGAGGGGCAGAGAGAGAGGGAGACACAGAAUCUGAAGCAGGCUCCAGGCUCCGAGCUGUCAGCACAGAGCCCGACGUGGGGCUUGAACGCGCAAAGUGCAGGAUCAUGACCUGGGCGGAAUUCAGCGCUUAACCGACUGAGCCCCCCAGGCGCCCCUGCCAUGACUCUUUUUAAAAGACAACAGUGUUGCUGCAAGUACAGGUAUCACUUCGGCCCCGGGGAGUCAGAACGCAGCAGCAGUGCCUGUUCCUGGGGGCAGUUACAAAGGAAGGGAGCUGCCAGAGCUGUUUCUCUCAUAACCACACUCAGAGAGAAGCCUGUUUAACUUUAUCAGGGAUUCACUGGAAGGGCCCUUUAAAUACCUCUCCGGCUCCCUAUCCACAGGCCUAUGGAAGAAGGGUCUCUACCCAACAAAUCUGAUGUGAACGUUAAGAUUGUGCCUCCUUAGCUGGGAGUACUGGGUGGGAGUUGGGACAGUGAGUGGCAAGAUUGAAUCCUCCAGUAGGUAUUUGAGUGAAGACAGAACAGAAAACAUUUGAGAAUGAUUAGUGCUAAGGGAAAAUAUGACCGGGUAAUGAGACAGUGGGGGAAAGGCCACUUUGCCUGGGGGUGGCCAGGGAAGGCCCCCCUGAGAAAGUGACGUUUGUCCUGAGUCAGACAAUUGAAAAGACUGACGUCUCUGUAUGUUCUUACCACACCACUCUGUCCCAUACAUGUACUUGGAAUCCCUACCGAAUUCCAAAGUCACACCAUUCCAGGUUGAAGCAUACGUUUUGGAGUUUGUUAAGGAAUUUUUAAGAUUUAAAAGAAAACCAAACUUAGCUACCAACAGUAUCCAUAGACCAAGAGAAGAUUCUAACUAAUCCAGGACGUUUUCAUUAUUAGCUCCAUAGCUGGCAAUGGAACCUAUACCGUAAAAAAGCAAUCAUUUCUCUAGGUGUUUUCUUCUAGUUUUUCAAGCUGUUGGAUACGUAAAGGUCUUCUUUUUAUAUUAGAUACGCAAAAGGUAAUCUUUUACUCUGCAUGUGGAUUGGCUUUAGUGGAGCCACAGACUCCCUGAGGAUGUUUUCACAAAUAGGUUCCCCAUUUUCAUGACCCAAGGCACUGGUCCCAGGCACUGAUGGCCAUAAAUGUGUAUUUAUCAAAGACCCACGGAGUGUGUGUCAGGGGCCUGCACCAUGAUGUCUGACCCUCAGAAACGUGCCUCCCUGCCUUCUAAAUCACAGUCGAUACAGCGUUCAGUUAGUUUAACUUCAUUCAAGCCACGCUAUUACUCCAAAGGGGAAAGUCUGAUGUUUGAUUAAGAUCUUACCUUUUUAAGAAAACUUCAAACUGAAUACCCACAUACAUUAUAAUCUUUCUCAGGAACUAGCCCCUCCAAGGUAUCUCUGAAAAGUUACACUCCCAUAACCUUUGAGAUUUCCCCCCACACAUCUACAUUCACUCCAUGCUAAAGAAGAAAAGGUGGGGGGCACAAAACUUUGACCCUCCCAUUAUGCCUUGGGGACCUCUGACAAGUACGGAAACUUAGAUGGCAGCAGGUGUCCAUUCGUGAUAGGACUAAGACAGCAGAAAGUAUCUUCGUUUCUUAUGUGCAUUCUGUGCAGCUGUUCUCUCAGUCAAGGUGAAAUCUUGUAUCAUUCUCACGCAGCCUUUGCUUUACAUAAAGGGCUGUAGAAGUCCAUGCUGUCUUCACCCCUUGCUAAUGCAGCAGAUUGGACUUUGGGCCUCCCAGCUUAUAGCUGCAUUGGAAGCCAGUGUAGAUGAAACAGAGGACCCGGACUCCCCCAUUCUCCACUAAGGGUCUCAGAAUGGAAGAGAACAUCUCUUCCACCCCACUCAUAGAAACAAUCUGAGAGCUUGACUUGCCUAACAUCCCUCAGCUUAUCUGGCAGAGUCUGUACCACAACCCAGAAUGUCUUCCUCCGCUGAGGGCCACACGGCCUCCUGAAAACCACACCCUCACCACGGUCCUUCCAAACAGCCUUUGGAUUAGCACCAGUCCUCUGUCACACCAAGUGCUAAACAGCUGAGGAGAAGUGGGACUCCACCCACAAGUCCCCAGCAUGAGGCAAUGGUGUCAGCUUUGGGCCUCUCUCAACUUGGAAGACCCCAGGCUUAGACCUCACACCUGGGAAGAAAUUCAUUCCUCACGAGCAAAGACCAUCCUGCAUGAUGGUCAUUGGUAGGAGGCUUGAGAGGUUGGGUUAUCAGUGGACCCUUCUGUACCACGUUAGCUUGUUUCUGUCUAUGUGUCUCAGCAUGACCAGGAAACUUCCCCAGAUCAUGUUUGGGUUUUAAAACCCCUUAUCGCUUCAAACUCACCAUGUUGGCACUUACCAUGCAUCAUCUUCAGCGUUCCAGGCACCACCUAAUAACAAAUGGCCUGAUUCUUUAUUUUGCUCGUUCAUGACUGAGUUCAAAGGUUUUUUUUUUUUUUUUUUUGUACUAAAAUGUAGAGGACCCAGAUACUUUUCUGCUAAAAGACUUCUCUGAGCACACUGUAGUUCUCUUUCUCCUCAUAGUACCAUGGCAGGUUCAGCCUUUCAGUGUCCUGAAAGCAGAACUCGCAACCAGCCAGCUGUGCUGGCUGCUUGGUAGGUAGGCCUGAGCUCUGAGGACCAUGAUUCAGCACUGAGUUCCCUGAGGUAUCUGGUUUAUCACCACCACACCUGACUUACACACAAAAAAAAGAGGCUGUGAGCCCAAAUCACAAGUUGGUUCAACUUUUCGUUUGGAGAUGCUUUACUCUGAUCAUGUGCUGUUGGGUUUUAUUUCCAGAAAGUAUUGGUCUGCUUUUUUUUCUGCAUGAAGGAAACACUGUGGUGCCACAUGCUUUAAGCAGUUUAAACAAGAGAAGUAAGGGGAAAAUGCAGACACCACAUCUGACUUGUCUAAUGUAGACUUUAUUAGAUUGAAGUACCUAACCUAAUAUGAUGUAUUAUUUUAUAGCAUCUCAAACUUUGUAAAUAAAUACUAUUAUUUUUAUAUGGAAAUUUUAUAGAAGAGCUAUUUCUGUAUACUUAAUUAUUCCUUUUCCUGAAAUUGCUUCCAACAGAUAACAGACAGGUCCUAGGCAGUUUUCCUCUAAGGAUGGUUCAAGGACCACCUGCAGCAGAAUUAAUGGGGAGAGUUUUAAGAUUUUGCCUCCCUAGGACCCACCCCGGACACUGAAGCUCUGGGAGUGGACCCUGGGAAACUGUAUUUUUAAAAACUCUGAGUGAUGGUUUUUGUCCAUUAAAGUGUAUCUUUAUCCAUCCUGUAAGAUUUAAAAAAGGAAAGAAAGAAAAAACAUCUGAGAUGAGUGUAAGUUGUGCUUGAGAAAAAAAAAAAAGAUGGGUCAGACUAUCCUAUGAUUUGAAUGAGAUGUACUAUAGAAAAAAUAAAUCAUUUAAAUGA